AUGCCAAACCCGUUUGCGGCAGCGGUGAAGCUGUGCACGGGGAUUGCCAAAGUAAUGGAGGCUCUCAACGACACCCCGCCCGUAACGCUCCAUGAGCAGAAAGGAGACUUUCUUUGCUUCCGCCUCCCAGUGUUUGGAGCUGGCACGGUGCAACACCGCAUCGCCCAUGGUGCACUGCAAGCGGCAACAAUCGGUGUCGGCAGUUACAUGAACCAGGCGCUGGCAACAAUCAAGGUGCGCACGAAAGGGAAGUAUGAGGCCGUCAUCACGAAGGUCGCAAUGAAGUUUGGCCAAAGCUCGCGCGAAGCAUCCGUGAUCCACGACACCAUCGUCGAUAACGUCCAAGACAGUGACCUCAAGAAUAUCGAAGUCGAGUACCGCUAUUCCGCUUACUUCGAACCUUUCAAUCUGUUCGGGCGCAGCCCGGCGAUUCACCAAUACCACAUUACCAUCAGCAUCCCAUAG